AUGAUAAGAGGGACACCGAAGCACGGAUAUGCAGUUCUAGAUGGUUAUCGUCAUAUGCUUAUGACUAUAAAUGAAGGAAGCAAGACAUCGUUAAAGCUUGAUGACAAGGGAAGGUUCAAAUAUUUUUUUGCAUCUUAUGGAGCUUGGAUUAGGGGGUUUGUGCACAUGAGAAAAGUUUUAGCCGUUGAUGGAACAUUCUUAAGAGGUCGUUACGAUGGAGUUUUGUUGUCUGCUGUCGCACAGGAUACAGAAAAUCAUGUUUUUCCUGUUGCAUUUUGUGUAGUAGAUAAGGAAUGUGAUGCCGCAUAUGAGUACUUUUUUGAGAAAUUGUUGGACAUAGUCCCUGAUACUUCAGAGUUGUGCAUUAUUUCUGAUAGGCAUCCAAGCAUAGAAAAAACACUAUCAAAAUUUUACUCUGAAGCAUACCAUGGAUGUUGCACGAGGCAUCUUGGUGAAAAUGCUCGUAAAAAUUUUCAUUGUGGAGCUUUUCUUGGACAUUAUUACCAUGCAACAAAAGCAUAUCGGAGAGAUGUGUUCCAUGACCAUUUUGAACAAAUCCGAAUUAUCAAUGCGGAGGUCGCUGAUUAUCUUGAGAAUGUUGGGUUUCACAAAUGGAGUAGAGCAUAUUUUCCAGGAAAUAGAUAUGAUGUAUUGACCUCAAAUAUUGCUGAGUCUGUUAAUGCAAUGUUCAAUGAAGCAAGAGAAUUUCCCAUUAUUGCCUUGUUCAAUGAUAUAAGCAAGAGAUGGUCGGAAAAAUUUCAUGAGAGAAGAAUGGCAUACGCCAAGUUAAAAACCACCUUCGUUCCUUCAGCUGAAACUAAAAUAAUGGCUAAUAAGAAUCUGGGAAAUAAAUUAUUGGUCCAUCAAAUUGAUGAAGACACCUUCAGCGUCACCGCGGACAAUGGAAUCGCAAUGGUCCAUCUUCGAAGUAAAAUAUGUUUGUGUCGAGAGCUUGACUUGGAUAAAAUACCCUGUCAACAUGCUAUGGCUGCGCUCAGACACAAAUUUGGAGAUGAAUAUGGCAAGAUGAUUUAUGAGUACUCUUCUCCGUAUUAUAAGAUAGAGUCAUAUAUACUUGCAUAUGCAGAUCCAAUCUAUCCAGUGCCAGCUGAAGAAUUUUGGAAUCUUCCUCUAGAAAUUUUAGAGAGAGUAAUACCUCCACCUAAAAAGAAAACUAAACUGGGAAGGAAGCGACUGAAACGAGUACCUACUAUAGGAGAAGUGGUUUCAAAGAAAAGAAAUAAAUGCUCUCUGUGUAAAAGAUUUGGCCACAAAAAAACUUCAUGUCCUACGAGAUCGAAUGAAGUUGCAGGAACAAGUAAUGGUGUAGUUUCAUGA